UAAAUAGUAUGGCAGAAGCGAACGAAGUUAAACAUGACGAAGGCAUAACGAUGGAGAGUGGGAAUACAGAAUCAACUGACGUGCAAUCUUCGCCAUCUCAGCAAACUGACCAAAUUUCAACACCUUGUAAUCUCACUGAGCCUAAACCAGCAAUGACAGAAAAUGGCGCUAUAGAAAACGAAGUAGUGGACUCUAGCGCAGAAGUCAAACCUUCUCCUAAGCGGUCUUCAAAGAAGCACGCAACUGAUCUUCAAAACGGAGAAACACCGGCAUUUGCUACCUCUUCUGCCAGUGAAAAACUGGACAAAGGAGCACGACGCAAUAUAGAAGCAGCUACGAAGUCAAUGUUGAAAGCUUUAAGUCAGCUCGAAUCUCCAGAAGAGAAGAUAGCAGCUUUAUGCUCACGCUAUGCAGACUUACUUAGCGAACACAAACAACUUCAGAACUAUCUCAAGGACACCACAAAGUCACAACAACAGGUGCAAAAGGAAAAAGAUAAGCUGCAAUCGGACCACAACAAAACCCUUCUUGCCAAAGAACGACUGGAAAACUUGUGUCGAGAACUGCAGAAGCAGAACAAAAUAGUAAAAGAAGAGAGUCUGAAGAGAAGUCUGGAGGAGCAGAGCAAGAUCCGGGAAGUGUCAGACAGGUUCCAGAACACCAUUUCCGAAGUGCAGACUUCGAUGAGUGAGAACUGCGAGAAGAACGACAAGUUGAAGGAGGAGAACGAACAGCUGUGUGUCAAGAUCAAGUCUCUCAUACAGCAGUACGAAAAACGAGAAGAGUAUGUGGAAAUGUUGACGAAAACGAAGGAGAUGGAGAAACAGCUGGUUGAGGCUAAACUGAAGGAGACCACGAUGAUCCUCGCCGAGGAGAGGGAACAUAAUCUGAUUGAGAGGCAGAAACUGCUGAGUGACAAUGUGGAAAUGAGACAGAGAUGUGAGACAUUAGUGGCACAGCUGGAGGCGAGUAAGACGAAAGACAAGAUGUACGCGGACAAGUUUGACGAAUUCGAGACCACUCUAUCCAAGUCAAACGAGAUGUUCACCACGUUCAAGUCCGAAAUGGACAAGACGUCUAAGCGUAUCAAGACGUUAGAAAAGGAGACGCAGAUGUGGAAAGCCAAGUUCGACGGGGCCAACAAGUCUCUGGUGCAGCUGAUGGAGGAGCGGAUAGGGAAGGAGCGGGAGUUGGUGUCGAGUGGGGAGAAGACGAAGAAGCUAGAGAAGCUGUGCAGGGCUCUGCAGGAGGAGAGGAAUGGACUGAGUGAGAAGAACAGACGCAUGGAGAGACAGAACAAACACCUCCGAAUACAAUGCGGCGAACUGGUCGACACAGACGACACAGAAACUAACCAAUUAAUACCCGAGGACAAACAACCAAAUGGCACGACUGAAGCUAACAACCAAGAAACUGCCGAGAAUAACGAACAAUCUCAACAACCUGAUUUGACUUCAACGAGCGAAGCGGCAGAACCAGUGUCGGCAUCAUGAGAGUUUUACCAAUUGGAGUCUGUUUGUAAGAGAAGAGAUAGAGUUCAAAAUUAGCAAGAGUUUGAUGCCUUCAGCACAUUUUUCUGUACAGCACUUGAACUUAAUUAUAAUAUACAUUUUAAAAUGAAACGAUGUCACUCACUCUUUAUGUUGUAGAGGUGUAGAUUUUGUACGGAACCAUUAAUUCUUUUUUCGCAAUUGAUGUAAUUCAGACUAGCAAUUUAAUUCUUUCUCCGA